GGAGGAGCUCGCGCCGCUUCCCUUCGGGGCUCGUGCUGCCUUUUAAAGCUCAGCUCCGCGGCAUGUCAUUCCCCACUCGGCCAGAGGACGGGACACGGUGAGGAGCUGCUGUGUCUCAUUCUGCCCCCUCUCCUGUCGUCAUCCCCGUCGUCCUUGUCGUUCCGUCGCCUUACCGUUCGUCCGUCUCUCCGGUCGGCCCGUCUCCGUCAUGUAUCGGUAUUUUGGGGAGCUGCUGAGCCGCUCUGCGGGCAGCGCCUUGGCCUCCGGCUGCGUGGACUCCGCUCUGCCGGCGUCCUCGUCCCUGAUGCGGGUCCGUCGCUAUGCCGACGCGGCGGACAAGCCCGACGACCCCAACUUCUUCCGGAUGGUGGAGGGCUUCUUCGACCGCGGCGCUACCAUCGUGGAGGACAAGCUGGUGGAGGAUCUGAGGACCAGGGAGAGCCCCGAGCAGAAGAGGAACCGUGUGCGGGGCAUCCUGCGCAUCAUUAAGCCCUGCAAUCACGUCCUGAGCGUGUCUUUCCCCAUCAAGAGGGACAACGGAGAGUGGGAGGUGGUGGAGGGCUACCGAGCCCAGCACAGCCAGCACAGGACGCCCUGCAAAGGGGGUAUCCGUUACAGUACAGAUGUGUCUGUAGAUGAGGUGAAAGCCCUGGCGUCUCUGAUGACCUACAAAUGUGCUGUUGUCGAUGUGCCAUUUGGAGGAGCCAAAGCUGGAGUCAAGAUCAACCCCAGGAAUUAUUCUGAUAAUGAGCUGGAGAAGAUCACCAGGAGGUUCACUAUUGAACUGGCCAAGAAGGGAUUCAUUGGGCCUGGCAUUGACGUUCCCGCCCCAGACAUGAGCACCGGAGAGAGGGAAAUGUCCUGGAUCGCGGACACAUACGCCAACACCAUCGCACACACUGACAUCAACGCCCACGCCUGCGUGACAGGAAAGCCCAUCAGCCAGGGGGGAAUCCACGGCCGUAUCUCCGCCACCGGUCGCGGAGUUUUCCACGGCAUCGAGAACUUCAUCAACGAGGCAUCCUACAUGAGCAUGCUGGGCCUGACCCCGGGAUUCCAGGACAAGACCUUCAUCAUCCAGGGCUUCGGUAACGUGGGUCUUCACUCCAUGCGGUACCUGCACAGGUUUGGGGCCAAAUGUGUGGGCAUCGGUGAGAUCGACGGAGCCAUUUACAACCCAGAGGGCAUCGACCCCAAACAGCUGGAGGACUACAAACUGCAAAAUGGCACCAUCGUGGGCUUCCCGGGGGCUCGGCCAUACGACGGGAACAUUCUGGAAGCCGACUGCCACAUCCUGAUCCCCGCCGCCGGCGAGAAGCAGCUCACGCGUCACAACGCCCCCAACAUCAAGGCCAAGAUUAUCGCUGAAGGUGCUAACGGACCCACCACUCCAGAUGCCGACAAGGUCUUCCUGGAGAACAACGUCAUGGUGAUUCCUGACAUGUACCUGAACGCCGGUGGUGUGACUGUGUCGUACUUCGAGUGGCUGAAGAACCUCAACCACGUCAGCUACGGACGACUGACCUUCAAAUACGAGAGGGACUCCAACUACCACCUGCUCAUGUCUGUGCAGGAGAGUUUAGAGAGGAAGUUCGGUAAGCAGGGCGGACCCAUCCCCAUCGUACCCACCGCCGACUUCCAGGCCAGAGUCGCUGGAGCGUCUGAGAAGGACAUCGUCCACUCUGGGUUGGCCUACACCAUGGAGAGAUCUGCCCGGCAAAUCAUGCGCACGGCGAGCAAGUACAACCUGGGCCUGGACCUGCGGACGGCGGCCUACGUCAACGCCAUCGAGAAGGUCUUCAAAGUCUACAACGAGGCCGGGCUCACCUUCACAUAAGCGUCCAAUCGGAGCCCCGUAGCCCCUCUUCCCUCUCCCCUCUCCCCUCUCCCCCCUCCGGCCCCGCCCCUUUGCCAUCACCCCUCCCACUCAGCCUUCAGAACAUAUCGGUGUUUACCGCCACUGCGUAGCUUUUACCCGGCGUCCUUUGACCUCUGUGCCGCCAUUAUUUCAGUCUCAGCUCUUUGUUUUUGAGAUUAUUUUAAGACGACCGAGCCCCGAGAGAAUGACCCCCCCCCCCCCCCAAAAAAAAACCCAAACAAACCUCCCGUCUUCCUUUAGCUACGUAAACGUUCCCGACGUUAAUGGAUGGCAGCCUUCGUCUUUCCGAUCCCUGAAUGCGUGACGGUUUCGUUCGACUGCACUACAGAUGCCUUAUAUCAGAGAAGUAAAGUUAAAGUUAAUUUAAAGGGAUAAGAUUUAACUGCGCGUAUAUUUAAAAUAAACAAUAAUCCACUUCGUUUUCUCUCCGUCGACUCUUUAACUGUUCAUAGACGUAGCCCAGGGUUAGUUUUUCCCUCCCGAACUCCUUCCCUCGUAUUUUUUUCUUCUCGUCGCUACUCGCCAACAAAGGGGAGAAGGAAGGGGGCAUGGUCUGAUAUCAUGUGACCAUUCACAGCCCUCCUUCGUACCUGUCAAGUUCCUUCACAUGCAAGUUCUUUUUUUUCUUUUUUUUUUUUUUCUUUUUUUGAAGAAAUUACAUGUUGUUUUUAUUUUAUUUUCAUUGUUUUUGAGAACCAAUAAAAUGUUGGGAAAA